UUUCCUGUGACAUCAUGCUCACGCCGCAUGUUCAAACGAAAACGAUCUACGCGAACAAAGCCACAUGCCGCACAGUCGUACGCGCGGAAUGAUAAGGACUCGCGCUUUUGCUCGUGGACAGUAGGAAGCUGCUUCAGAUAGGGUAGCGUGAGCUUUUCGGGAUCAGCCAGGAGCUGCAUCACGUGAACAGACCGGAGGCUCAUUUCGCCUCGCGCCGCCAUACUGUCUGUGUUUUCUUCCAUUUCGCAUUUUUAUUGCAACAUUUUACUCCCCCGCGGUGAGUACACAACCCCUGGCUUUUUGUAGCAUUUUUGUCUUUUCAAUUAUUCUUUUACAUUUUCCCUCUUUUUGGCUGGUAUUGAACGGUGAGAAAUGAAGUGGUGGUUUUCAGUGUUUUUGCAUUCGACAGGCUCCAAGUUUUUAGGGCUGUGAUUCUAAUCCUUCGCAGGGAGCCCCGUUGACGCCAGGCUCUGGCGAAUGGGCUUACAGUCGUGUCAAAUACUCAAGAAGGUUUUCAUCAGAUUUCCGGUUCAUUUUAUUUUUACAUGUCUUCUUCUGGUGGUUUUUGAACAUUUUUCUUUUUCUUUUCUUUUCUUUUGGGUAGGGGAGUUUUGCGAUGUCUGUGCUUUGCUCUGCAUUUUGAGGUGGUGUUUGUGAGUUUUGGGAUUUUGAUUGCUCGGUGCGCGUCACCAGAAGCCAUGCACGGUAUCUUUCGACCUCUUUUGCAUUUGAAACAUGCUGAUGAUGUUUUGAUAUGUUUUAACUUUUCUUACUUAUGACUAAUCACGCGUGCGCUUUUUCCUUUUCUUUUCUUUUUUUCAAGUUCUUAUACUUUUGCAGAUUUCUGAGUGAAAUAUUUUUGGAUGGUGUCGUUUUUGGCAAGAGUAGUCGCUGUAUAUUGGACGUGAAUUGAAUGAUUUCUUGGGGGAAGAUGUCUAUGUGUUUUUCUUUCUUUUGUCAAAACGGAUUAAGGGUGCUCCUCUGCAGGAGUGCCAGCUAGAGGAGAAUGACUGGCAAGAGUCAGACGAGCAACGUGACCAAUAAGAAUGACCCGCGCUCCAUCAACUCCCGCGUCUUCAUCGGGAACCUCAACACGGCCAUCGUCACCAAGAGCGACAUUGAGGUCAUCUUUGCGAAGUAUGGACGCAUCGUGGGCUGCUCCGUGCACAAGGGCUACGCCUUCGUCCAGUACCUAAACGAACGGACGGCCCGCGCUGCUGUGGCCGGCGAGAACGCGCGCAUCAUCGCCGGACAGCCACUGGAUAUCAACAUGGCUGGGGAGCCAAAGCUCUAUCGACCAAAAGCUGGGUCAAAGCGACCUCUCUCUGCAAUCUACAGCGGGUACGAGUUUGACUAUGAUUAUUACAGAGAUGAUUUCUACACUCGGGUGUUUGACUAUCCUGGGCGCGUGCCCCCUCCUCGAGCUCUCGUCCCUCUGAAGCGGUCGAGACUGAUGACUCCUCCCACUCGCCGUGGAAAGCCCUCCCUCCCAACACGCCACGCCUCCUCACGCCCCCCUGGUCCCAGCCCCCUCUCCUGUGGCCCCAAACUAAAGUCAGAGCAGCUACAGGUCAUCAGGCGUGAGUUGGCACAGGUCAAGCUGAAGGUGGACUCACUGCUGGGUCGGCUAGAGCGCAUUGAGAGGCAACAACGCCUGGACACAGAUGUGCAGAGGAAGUAUGAGGAGAGUUGUGACUGGCUGCGUGAGGAAAGCGCGUCUGAGCGGACGGAGCAUUCUGGAGAGGAUGCGUGCGAAGGGGAGGAGCCUGAAGCGGGGGAGAUGACAGACGGAGGUGAAGAAGACUACGAUGAAGAGGCCAGCAGUGACCUGAUGGAGAAUCAUGUGUCAGAUGUUGACAACUAAGCAAAGGUUAUAGAGGACACAGCAGCAUCUGGAGACACCAAAGGAUCUUGGAAAGACGAAGAAACGUCACACUGUGAGGAGAGGAAGACCACCAGCUCUCACACUGAUAGAAUACCCAGUCCACAUCUCAAACAUAUAGAGACACAGGUGCACAUACACACAGAAACACACACACAUACACACACACACAUGGAAAUGUGUUGGUGUCUUUGUGAUUCUGUGUUUCAUCUAUGCUGCCAUUUGUUUUAAUUUGUCCAUAUGAUAUGUCUUGUAAAUACUUAGGCACUUUAAAAGUUAUUUACUAACAUUAAAAAAACCUGAACAACAGCAGCAGAGAGUGAUUUAAGUGAUUACAGCGCUCAGCUAUUUUGGUCUGUUUUGGCAGAGUGAAGGCUAGAGCAUCGCUUGCCAAACCAUGACCUUUUUUGUCUUUACAGUACUGCCCUGCAGAGGAUACUGCCAUGUGUGUGUGUGUGUGUGUGGGUGCAUAUGUUUGUCUUUAAACUGCCAUUUUGAGCCAUCCUAACUUCUCCAUGCAUUCUCUCUCUCUCUCUUAUCAUUCUGCACAUAUUCUCUCUCUUUCUCUCUCACACUCACACACUCAACAAUAUGGUGGUGUAUGUGUGCUAGUUGUUUUCAUUUGAUUGCUUGUGUUCAUCUAAACACAACAUUACCUUCAUCUUACCCUUUACUUCCACCCUUAACAGCCCUACGAGCUCUCGUUUUCACUCUGGAUGUCCUCAGUGACACUGGCCUAUCUUCUGAUUGCAGAGAAUCUCUGUGCAGCCAUUACGUGUGUGUGUGUGUGUGUGUGUGUGUGCUCACUGGCCUAUCUUCUGAUUGCAGAGAAUCUCUGUGCAGUCAUUACUUCUUGGUGAGUUCAGGUUUUAUAACAGGCUGCAUCAUUCGUCUGCCUUCACUUGCAGCUGGCAAUAUUUCCUGGAGGUGAACAGGAUUUGACUGACUGAGGCUGAACCGAUGAGCUGAUUGGUUGUGACAUGUGAGGGGGAGAUAUGUCUGGUGGCUGCCUAUGUCUGUAAAAUAGUGAGGUUACAAUUCACCCUAGCAGCUGUCGUUUGUCUGAAACUUCAUGAAUAAACACUCAACGCCUCUAUUUUUGUAUGAAGAGCGAUUGGGAGCAAUUGAUUGAGUGAAUAGCAUUUGUCUGAGUGACAGCUCCCAAAUUCCCAGCUCCCUCUAGGUGUUGGGAGACGGGUAGAGGGGGAAUUGCAAUCCAAACUGGGGUGGGAACGGGGUUAUGCUGCAUUCCAGACAACUCGGACGUCGGAGGUCGGGCUUCAAUUCCAACCUUGAAGUUGGGGUAGAUCAAGUGGGAACUCCGACUUCAAGUGCCGUUCCAUUGUACUUUUUCCCACUAGGAGGUCAGAAUUCUUGACCUCCGAGUUUGUCUGGAAUGAAAUUGGGAGAUUCCAACUGGGAAAUAUCUGACUUCGAGUUGUCUGGAAUGCAGCACUAGCAUCUGUUGUUCAGGAGGUGUACGUGCCAGUGAUGUCUGUCUUUUGGCUCUGUAUCCAAUUCUCUUUUUUCUCUUCAACAAAACCAUCAACAGAUUCAACAUAAAUAGGGUACCAUGUUCAUGGGUAUUGUCUGCAGGUUCGACUUCAUUUGUGUGUGUUUUGAGAGUGGUGAUGAAACAGUAAGGGAAAUUAAAUAGCCUAAAAGACAAAAAGGGAAAUAAAAAAAAAAAGUUGUAUAGAAAUAUAAACUUUUUGUAAAGCUAUUUUUAUGAUGAGCAUGUUAAUUGUUCAAAUGUAUAUUAUUUUGUUUCAAUUUGUUGCAACAGUUGUAUGGCUGUAGGCUCUUAUUGCUUAGAAAAAUGAAUAAAGUCACCAUAGGAAUUAAA